CAGCCUCUUUUUGUCUUUCAUCCUCCAUUCUCGGAAUUCCUUAUCUCUCGACUUCAACCCAGCAGCCCACUCUUUUUAGUUCUUUUAUCAGCAUACAAUGACCUCGUAUUCUCUGCCGGUGCUUCCCUUUGACGAGAAGCUCAUCUACAUUGAUGGCCGGUGGGUGCAGUCGACGUCCACAGCCACGCAUAACGUGGAGAACCCGGACACGGGUGAUGUGAUUGCGGUUGUGCCCGAGUGCAAUGCCCAGGAUCUGGACAAAGCGGUGCAGGCUGCGUACAACGCGUUCCAUGAUGGGCCCUGGGCCAACCAGUUCUCUGGUGCAGAGCGCCGCGACGCCCUGAUCGCCAUUGCCGAUGCCAUUGAGGAGCACCGCGCCGAGCUCGAGCUCAUCGAAAGCAUCAACACUGGCAAGCCCAUCAGCGACAUGCACGUCGAGGUCGACGACACGAUCGACCUGUUCCGCCACUUUGCUGGCUAUGCUGACAAGGUUGAGGGCCGCCAUAUCGGCCACCAGACAAACCAGACAAUUGAGGGCUACACGGUCAAGGUGCCUGUCGGUGUGGUCGGCUUCAUUAACGCCUUCAACUACCCGCUGAACCUGCUUGGCUGGAAGGUCGCUCCUGCGCUGGCAGCCGGGUGCACAGUUGUCUUCAAGCCUGGACCGCAGACGCCCCUGACCACGCAGUACUUUGCCUACCUGCUUGAAAAGACAGGCAAGUUCCCGCCUGGCGUGUUCAACGUGGUCACUGGCGGCGUGGAGGUUGGCCAGGCUCUGGUUGACCACGACCUGGUCGACAAGAUUGGCUUCACCGGCUCGGUCGCCACGGGCAAGCACGUGAUUCGGUCGACAGCCUCGACGCAGAAUGUGCGCUCGACGUCGGUGGAGUUGGGUGGCAAGUCGCCGGGCGUGGUGAUGCCCGAUGCGGACCUGGACAAGACGGCGCAGCUGGUGGUCAGCGGAUGCAUGAGCAACGCCGGCAUGAACUGCAACGCGCUGACGCGCCUGUGGGUGCACCGCGACAUCUACGACGAGUUCAUGCCCAAGAUCAAGGCGGCCGCCGAGUCGAUGGUGCUGGGUGCCCCGCAGAAGGAGACAACGGUGAUGGGCCCCGUCAUCGACAAGCGCCAGUUCGACCGGGUCAUGGAGUACAUCCGCAUUGGCAAGGAGGAGGACAAGGCGGCAGUGCUGACCGGUGGCGAGCGCGCGUUCGACCGCGGGUACUGGAUCAAGCCCACCAUUUUCUACAACGUCAAGAGCGACGCCCGCAUUGCCACCGAGGAGAUCUUUGGCCCAGUGCUGUCGGUGCUCGAGCCGUUCGACAGCCUCGACGAGGUGAUCGAGAUCGAGCGCAAGAACGAGUUUGGUCUGGCUGCGGGCAUUUUCUCGCGCAACCACCAGGACAUCAAAAAGUUCACGCGCAAGCUGCGCAGCGGCACCAUCUGGGUCAACACCUACAACGCCCUGUUCUCGUACCUGCCCUUUGGCGGAUUCCGCAACUCGGGCUUUGGCCGCGAGCUGGGCUACGAGUCGUUUGACGGAUACCUGGUCCCCAAGUCCAUCAUUGACGACGUGUCGUACUAAGUUUGGCACCGAGGGGCCAGCCGCAAUGUUUCCUGCAGAUAUGCACAGGUAUCCAGCCUCGCCCCCUAACCCCUUGAUUGGCUUGUUUUUUCG